AUGGCCACCACAGCUUUCCGUUUGCCAGAGAAAGCUUUUGGUUUCAAGCACUGCAACUGGAUGGAUCCUCUUGAAGAAUUCGACCACCUAGUGAUCUUCCUUUCCGAUGCCCCCAUCUUCAAGGGUUGUCUUGCGUCAGAGGAGGAUAAAAUGCUACACACUCUUCAGGACCUAAUUUCAUUACUGAUGGAGGGACUAGGGACACGCAUAACACUAAUCAGAUCCUUUUUCAUACCAUUGAGAUCUGGCAAAAAACUGCCCUCUAUUGGCCUGCGCCUGAAUCCAUCGUUGGCAAACAGUUUGACUAUCCGUGGACCGCCGAGUGGAACAGAAGCUGGCAAGACUUUUAGGCAAUUCUGGGGCGGUAAAUCGCAGCUUCGACACGUUGAUGGCGAUCUGUUUGAGUGUGUCGUGUGGGAAUCUUCACGAAAUGUCACUUUGCAAAUCGUUGACCAUCUCCUUGUCCGGCAUUUUAAGUUGGGGGAUCGAACAACCUCUCGGAACUGGUAUCAAGUAACCUCGGAUCGCCUCAACAGCCUUUUAUCUUCCUUUGCGCCUGCACAUACUGUCGUCGAGUUUCCCCCUCGAGCGAGCAGUCUUCAUCUUAUCCGCACUGUGGAUAGACUGAAUUCAGUCCUACACGAACUCAACAGCUAUUUGCCCCUUAAUAUUGUUGGUGUUCAGGCAAUUUCCUCAGAAUUUCGCGACACCUCUGUAUUUCCCCCGAUCCUGACCGUUCCUCGUAGACUGCGUAAGAGGGCACGUGAGAAGAAGACGAAGACCUUCUCCUGGAAGGACGUGCGUCAUACUCUGCAGCCCAUCUAUAGUACGUCAGAUUUGGCCUUCACACUGCCACUUUAA